UCACUGGUGCCCACACUGCUCACACAGUCGAAGUUGCACACAAGAAGAGGGACUUCUCUUUUCAGUCUUACAUGUAUAAGGUCGAUUUUAUGUGUCGGACUCAACAUAUUUUUCCCAGUUUUUCCCGAGGUGUCAUUGCACUGGAUGUGGAAAAUGGACUACAAAGGCUGAGUCAUAUGUCCCGCCUCAAGUCACUGCCACAGCCCUGCCGUUGGUGUAAACCAAGCACAGCUCUUCAGUGUUAUUCUCAGUACAGACCUAACCUCUCAACAUGGCUGCUUAUGCACUCGUCACAGAGAACUUUAAGUUUAUGUCCCUCUUCUUCAAGAGCAAAGAUGUGAUGAUCUUCAAUGGUCUGAUCGCCCUGGGCACUGUGGCUGGCCAGACUGCAUACAGUGUUUUUGCCUUUGACUGUCCAUGUUCUUCUGGUAGGAACUACUGUUACGGUCUGGCUGCUAUUGGUGCUCCAGCACUGGCAUUUUUCCUCAUAGGAAUAAUGAUGAACAAAAGCACCUGGGACCUGGUGUCUGAGUGUCGGCUCAGAAAUUGCCGGAAGCUGUCGGGAGCUGCAUCCUUUGCGUUGCUGGGAACCAUCAUUGGGCGAGCUGUGGUUGCUCCGCUAACAUGGACAGUUCUUUCUUUGCUCCGGGGCAAGGCAUACACAUGCGCCCUCAGUGAGUUUCUUGACCCCAGAACGUUGGAGGGCUUCCCCUCAGAUCAGGGAUCAGAGGUAAUGGCGAAAUUCCCGUGUCAAGAAAGUGUUCCAAAAGAGCUGCAAGGCUUCUGGCCUGAAAUUGAACGACGACUUAAAUAUGAAUCUCAGCUGAUUGGCUGGCUGCUGGUGGCAGGAAUGUCUUUGGCGGUGUUCCUGAUGCUGUGUGUGAAGCGCUGCUCCUCUCCUCUUGGCUACCUACAGGAGGACUACUGGUCUGAGUACCGCUCUAAUGAAAAGACCCUCUUCCAACGCACGGCAUCUGCCCAUGCCCUCUUCCUGGCUGCAGAGAAUGUUAAGAGCUUCUUUGGCUUUGUGGCACUGGAGAAGGAAGAGAAGGAGCAGCUGGCAGAGCAUCAGAGCACUGGUCCUAUCUGCAGCACUAACUGGAACAGAGUGACUGGUGUCUACCUCUACAGGGAGAAGAAUGGACUGCCUCUGUACAGCAGGCUCAACAAGUGGGCCACGUACAGCCUGGAGAAUAACGUGGAGGCCAUGGAGAAAGAGAUGGACACAUUCAACUGAAAGAAUUAUACUAGAGUGCAGUUAAGUGACUGACUGCAACCAUAAAGUCAUCGGUAAAUUUCUGACAGGCUGCUUGUUGGAUCAUCAAACUCCUUCAGAAAUUUCUGACAAUUUUAGUAACUUUCUGAAACAGACAAGCUGAAAAUCACGCACAAUAUUUCUAUUACUUUACCUGUACUGUAAAUGUGUUUGGACUGCUUCAAUCCCUCAGUCCCAAAAUAAUGAUUCUAGAGUUCCUUUGAAUUAUGGGGGAAUAGGUCCCCUCAGUUGUGUUUUUAAAGUCUAUUCUAGUAUUCUUAAUGAAAUUGUAUUGCUAUUUUGAAACAUUUGGUCAGCUGGUAGACAAAUGGCUUUCACAUGUAUUCUUUAUCUGGCAUACAAGAAUGGAAGCCAACUUUUAGUUGUUUCAUAAAUAUGUAGAAAGCUUUUGACUGUAUAAGCCAUAAAAUCUGGUAUGGAUGGUACAAUUUGUAAUGCCUUAAAAGCGCUUUAGCAAGCCCCA